UUUUUGUUCUUUAUAGUUCCUAACUAGUUUUUUCGCUCUCGCCCAGAAGCAAUGGGCGACGCAGGAUUUUUCAGAGGGACUAGCGCCGAACAGGAUGCCCGUUUUUCGAACAAGAAAAAGAAACUUCUUAAACAGUUGAAGUCUCAAUUUCCUGAUGAAUUCAAUAUUCCCGUCGACUUGAAAAAAAUCAAAUUGGAUGUUAUUAAGGGUUGGAUAGCUUUGAGAGUCACCGAACUUUUAAACACCGAAGAUGAAAUUGCUGUUAAUUUUAUUUGCAAUUUACUUGAUGCAGAAGCUGCCCCCGAUCCCCGUGAUAUCCAAAUAAAUAUUACUGGAUUUUUAGAAUCUAAAACUAAAAUAUUUAUGAAAGAGUUGUGGUCUCUUUUAAUUAGUGCUCAGAAUAACAUUCACGGAAUCCCCACUGAGAUGUUAGAGCAGAAAAAACAAGAACUUGAGAAAGAAAGACGUGAAAAAGAACUUAUCUCACAGAAGCUACAAGAAGAUUUGAAAAGAAGAGAACUUCAGAAAGAGAUCGCUAGGAAAGCCGAAGAGCAACUCAAGAGAGAAAAAGCAAUCGAAUUGUCCAAAGUUGUCGAACCCAAGGAAGCCUUCCUUGUUGCUGCACAUCGUCAAUGGAUGAAGCAAAAAAUUGCCGAGAAAACGGCUAAUACGACCUUAACGACCGAAGAUUAUAACUCUAGAUCCCUAGAAGGUCUAGCAAAGUCUAAAAAUCGCCACCGUCGUAGCUCUCGUUCUAACUCUCGUUCGUCUAGCACUACUGAUUCCCGCUCCUCUUCUAGAGAAAGAAGGAGAAGUGGUCGCAGUAAGCAUAAAAGCAGCAAAAAGAGUCGAAGGCAUAAACAUAGAAGUUCUCAUAAACAUAAACGAAGCAGAAGUCGCCAUCAUCGUAAAAAACAUCGGAAGGACCAUAGAGACAAUGAAGGCGCUCAGGAUAACAGCUUAAAAGAAACUUUAAACGAGAACUUGGAAAUUUCUAACGAAAGUUGUUCUAUGAUUUCAGAGACUUCUUCGAAAAAUAAUCGUUGGGAGAGGGAAGAUUCCCCUCAGAAAGAACAAGAAACAUUAACAGAAUCUUUGAGAAGACAAGCUUUGGAAUCUAUGAAGAAGCGUGUAUAGUUACAAAAUUUAUAAUCUAGCUUUAAAAAAAAUUCGUCCGGAUAUGAAUUCAGAAAGAUUAUUUUUGACAA